AUGGCGAUUGUCGACGGUCAUGAGGCUGAUCCUACAGCCCAACUAUGGGCUCUAAUCACUCAGCUCAGCGAGCAACUGAGCCAGAACCAGAGCAUGUCGGUCUCUCUGUAUACCAUGGCCGGAAAGAUCAAGCACCAAGCGACCAACUUGCAGACAGGAUUUGUUUUGCGAAAGUUUAAUUUGGACAAAACCCAAGAGGAAUAUGAUGCGGCUCUGGAGCAGAUGAACGGAGCUAUGGGUGCCGAGAACCAGGCAUUGGCGCAUGAUAACAAGCAAUUGAGCAACUUGAUCAAAGAAUACGAGCAAACCUUGGAAACACUGAUGACUACGUUCCGGAAUCGUGCUCAACAUGUCCAAGAACGCGAGUUGUCACUGAUCCGAGACUUCGAGUCUAAACUCUUAGCAUUGGAAGAGCAAAAUGCCAUUGCUGAACUGCAAGUGGAUUCAGCCAUCUCAGUGGCCUUUUCUCGUCUAUCCUAUCUCCUCCGCCAGCUAUUGAGAGCACAAGGGGGAGAGGACGUGGAUCCGCCACCAUCACCCAUUGACGAGGCUGCGGAACGAGAACCUUGGACUGCAGCCCAAGCUGCGGAUCACGCCCUCGAACGCGAAAUCGAGCUCGCUCGUCUUGAGAAGGAGAACGAAGAGCUUAGGCGAAUGCUUGGAUUACUUCCUGCCCAACCUCGCCGGGAGAAUAUUGACCACCCAUUCAACGAUGUGCGAAGGACGGACUCGAUGCAUGGCCAUCCCGCUAAUGUGCAGCAUAUGAGGCCAGGGCAUAUGAUGCCUGCAGGAUUUGGCGGGGCCUAUCAGAGGAUGCAUUCACCAGGACCUGGUUGA